AAACCAAAACCCUAGUUAGCUCACAACUCUACUGAAAAAUGUCUCUGCUUCUCUUCAUUUUCCUCGGAAUAGGGUUGAGCUUGGGGUUUCCGAAUCAGGUAACCGGUGCCCGUUUAGCGCCGGUUUCAAAAUUGGGUGAAGCCGAUUGCCCAUUGAAUCUCGAUUCUUUCAAACAACUCAUUGUUAAAAGCUAUCAACGAUUUCCUUCGCUGGAUAGCGCAACUGGGUGCCAGUAUGUUGUUCAAGGAAUCACUAUGCUUCGAUCGGAAUAUCUUCAAACCACCGGGUACUUUUCUCUACCUCAAAACGUUUCUGAGGUUUGCUGGAAAUUGUAUUCGAAUUUAGUCAGAGAAUUUAUGCCCAAAUUUACCAUUCCGUCCAGUUGCGGGUUUAAUAGCAGUUUGCUUUCGGCGAGUUGUUUGAGUAUUCAAUAUAGGUUUCAAUUUGAAGACCUUAUUUCAGGGGACGAAUUGGAGGGAAUCAAGUCUUCGUGUGAGCAGCAUCUGAAGGACGAUCGGCGAUGUGGGUCGUGUACUGAAAAGUUGUUAAGUGUCCGAAAUGCAUAUUUUCGCAUUGGCGGGGACGGGAAUUCACCAAUUUGUGAGGGGUAUCCUUUUAUGUAUGCUGCAGCUUUUGCUAGUAGGUUUGGGCCAACUGAUGUAUGGACUUCCAAGUGUUUGUUUUUGGUGGAUUUUGUUCCGAUUAAAUCCAGGACAAAAAAUAGUAAGCAAGUGCUUAUGGGGAUUUUAACAGGAUGUUUCAAUGGUUUUGUUGGGGGAGUUGUGGUGGUUUCUUGCCUUUGGGUAUUGCACAAGAGAAGAAAGAGGAGAAAGAGGGAAUCUCAGCCUCAGGCUGAUACAACCUCCGUUUCUGGGAUGAGAGUUGUUGUUGGUGGGAAUAAAACAUUGCUAAGAUUUACAUUAGAGGAAGUAAAGAAGGCUACUGGGAAUUUCUCUAGGCAUAAUAUUAUUGGUAUCGGAGGAUAUGGGAAUGUGUACAAAGGGGUUUUGGAAGAUGGCUCUGAAGUUGCUUUCAAAAGGUUCAAGAACUGCUCUGCUGCUUGGGAUGAGAUUUUUGCUCAUGAAGUGGAGGUUAUUGCCAGUGUUAAACAUGUGAAUCUUCUCGAUAUAAUUGGCUAUUGCACAAUGACGGUGCCUCUAGAAGGUCACCAGAGAAUAAUAGUCUGCAAAUGGAUUAGAAACGGAAGCCUUUAUGACCAUCUUUUUGGAUCAGUGGAUAAGAAGCUCAGUUGGCCAAUCCGUCAAAAGAUUGCUCUUGGAAUGGCUCGUGGGUUAGCUUAUCUUCAUGAUGGGUUGCAGCCGGCUAUCAUUCAUAGAGAUGUUAAGUCUAGUAACAUACUGGUGGACGAAACCUUUGAACCAAAACUGGCUGAUUUUGGCCUUGCAAGGUUCACUCAAGAGGGGUUCUCACAUGUCAGCACCAAAGUGGCAGGAACACUCGGUUAUGUUUCCCCAGAAUACGCUAUGUACGGUCAAUUAUCUGAAAGAAGCGAUGUUUACAGUUUUGGUGUGGUGCUUCUUGAGCUUUUGAGUGGGAAAAAGGCAGUUAUUUCAGUUGUUGACUCUGAAUCUUUGCUUUUGACAGAUUGGUCCUGGUCUCUAGUAAAAGAAGGUAGAGCAUUGGACAUCAUUGAUGAAGGCUUGCCUGAGUUGGGCCAACCGAGUGAAAUGGAGAAAUAUGUUCUCAUAGCAGUCCUCUGUUCUCAUCCGGUAGCCUAUGCUAGGCCAACAAUGGAGCAUGUUGUGAAGAUGUUGGAGAAUGAUUCUCCAGUUCCCUCAAUUCCUGGUCGUCCAUUUCCUCUUUUUGCACAGUUUGAUGCUAAGGACAUAUCAAUGAGCAGCAUCAGUGGCUUACAUUGCAUCUCAAACGUUGCUGAUCAACACUGCUCCUCCUUUAGAAGUGAUCACUCCGUCCCAAACAACAGGGAUAAAGUGGCUGGUUUGGAGUCAAACGUUUGAAGCACUUUUGUGUUUAUAUAUUUUUUGUAUGAAAACACAUAUGUACAUGAAAAUGUGUUCAUUAUUUUGUAGUGGAAAUAGUUUUGACUUGUAGAGUUACAAACUUUUAAAUGUAGUUCCAGAAAUAGAUGUAGAUAUUUUCUCAGACCAAGUGUAUAAUGCAAUCGGAUUCUGAACUUGGCA